CGUUAAACUGACGAAACAGCGUGCAAACAGGCCGUUAGGGCAGCUGGAGAUGGCGGCGCUGCUGAGAGGUGUGCGGGCUGGAAGGGCACUGAGGGGGCUGGCCGGUGUGGUGUCUGCACCGGCAGCAAGGAAGCCUCAGUGCAGCGGCCUGAGACGAGGCUUCCACUGCGCAGCACUGAGGCUUCAGGAUGAAUCCAAAUCCGACAAACCCUCAUCUUCCUCAUCCACCACCUAUCACGAGCACUACCAGGCUCACUCUGCUGAACAGGACACAGCAGCGGCAUCCCAUGGAGACUCAGCGUCUGACCCAGCGGCAGAGGAGGCUGCCAGGCCAAACACCAGUUACCAGGACCAGAGCGGAGAACAAAAUGAGGAGUAUGAAACAGAGGAGCAGCUGCAGGCUCGAAUCCUGAACGCUGCUCUGGAGUUCGUCCCGCAGCACGGCUGGUCGAUGGAGGCCAUUGCGGCCGGCGCUGAGACACUGGGCCUGUCCUCUGCUUCCACCGGUAUGUUCUACAAUGGAGGUGGAGACUUGGUCCUUCAUUUCAUCGCCCAGUGCAACUCACAGCUGACAGAUAUCCUGGCUGAACAACACAAAGAGAUCCAGCUGGGCCAGGCUGAAGCGAAGAAGACUGCUGACUUUCUAAGAGACGCUAUAGAGACCAGACUGAGGAUGUACAUCCCCUACAUAGAGACAUGGCCACAGGCCAUGAGCUUGCUGCUCCUCCCUCACAACAUCCCUGACAGCCUGAAGCACCUCUCCACCCUGGUGGACGACAUCUGGUACUAUGCCGGAGACCGAUCCACAGACGUGAGUGGAUCCUAUCAGCCUCGAUCCCCCCCCUCUUCUUCUCACACCUUCCUGUCUCCCUUUCAUCACAACCCCCACAAUAUCCGGCCUGCUUCCUCCCAGAUGAAUUGGUACACAAAAAGGGCAGCACUGACAGGCAUCUUUAACACCACCGAGCUAGUGAUGGUUCAGGAUUCCUCCCCGGACUUCCAGGACACCUGGAACUUCCUUGACAACCGCAUUCAGGAUGUAACCAAUAUGGCAACCACUGCCAAACAGAUGCAGUCGACUGGUGAAACAGUGGUGCAGGGGCUCAUGGGAGCUGCUGUAACGCUGAAGAACCUCACAGGAAUGAACCAGAGGCGAUGAUGUAAAAGAUCUCCGCCAAAACUGAUACCGACCAUCUCGCCUGUAUCACGAGCUGAAGAUCAAUUUUCCUUUUGCUCUUCUUUCUGAUUAACUGUGUGGAUCUGAAAGUGUUGGAUUAUGGCUUUUAUUCGUCAGGAGAAGUCAUUUGUCACAGGACAUAGCUCUUUCUCUCUGUUCACUUGCAGGACCAGAGGCUAUGUAUUGUUUUGUUUCAUUGUCCCUGAUUUCACUCUCCUGCUCAGAUCAAUUUUUCCUUUGUAUAAGAGGAGGCAAGAACCAGAUAAUUUGUUGUCAGGUCAAUUAAAACUCCAAUAAAGUAGUUAUUAUUGUA